ACGGCUAUCUACCUGAAGGGUUAACUCUCUCAACUUCUCAUUUUCUCCGUUGAGUUUUCAAGCGUUUCAAACAGUCUUCUCACACAAAGCGCCCAGCGCUGAGAGCACGAACGGACUCGGAAGGUGUGCUCACUGAAUACCCUCAGUGUGCGCACUGGAGAAUCAGCUGGAAGAAAAAGCGCACUGGAAGGGGUUAAAUAUCUUAUAUGAUGUUGGGGAGAAUCCACCAUGGGCGGCUCAUUCAAUCGCAGACAGUGAAAGUGUGCAAACGUCGUCGAGGAUUUUCGCGCUGGGCGCACACACCCCCCAUUUUUCCCGCUUCGUCCAGCCGCUGUGAGACAAACCCGUCCAGUGCACGCGUCGUACGAAACCUGUAGCAGUCAGCUUUAGUAAUCCCACGUACUCACCCUAACCCAACGCAUCAGCACAUUUCCCGAAACAAAAAUUGUGGCCGCCACCUUUCGUUCACACUCACUGCACUGCAAGUGAGACCCUGCAGAUUUGAUGCAUUGUUUCUUAAACACCCACCAAAACGAUGUUGAGCUUUCUAGCUUCAUCAUUAUUAGCUAUAAGCAUCAUCUGCUCGGUUGAUCCCGGUCUGGCAGGUCCCCUGGAUGCGCUCAACUGGGCCCGGAUGGACAACAUCAACCUUCCCUGGUUGCCAUAUGAGAAUAUGACCCGAUGUUACGGUGAGCUUGGGUGUCUGAACAUCACCAAGGAAUGGUACCACUUGAUCUUCCGGCCGUUCAACGUAUUUCCGCUACCGCGGAGUGUCAUCAACACACGCUUUAUCUUGUACACCGAGAAGAACCCAACCGAUGGUCAGCUGCUGCAAGCGGAAGCAAAGGAUACACUGGUGAAGUCACACUUCAACCCAGACUGGGCGACCAAGUUCAUCAUCCACGGGUUCAUCGAUACGCCGCUCUCGAACUGGGUGUCCGAGAUGCGCGAUGAGCUGAUCACGCGCGGUGGUCUAAACGUGAUAGUGGUCGAUUGGGCCGGUGGUUCGUUGCCGCUCUACACGCAGGCGACCGCCAACACGCGUCUCGUCGGACUGGAGAUUGCCUAUCUUAUCAGGAAGCUGCAAGAGUAUCGCGGACUACAAUUCGAGGAUGUUCAUCUGAUUGGCCAUUCGCUAGGAGCACACACGGCAGCGUACGCCGGUGAACGAAUUCCGGGGCUGGGGCGAAUAACCGGACUCGAUCCAGCCGAACCGUACUUCCAAGGCAUGGGACCCAUUGUACGGCUCGAUCCAUCCGACGCAACGCUCGUCGAUGUUAUCCAUACGGAUGGUCGAAGUGUGUUUCGGUUGGAAAUUCCUGGCUACGGAAUGUCACACGCCUGUGGCCAUCUUGAUUUCUAUCCAAACAACGGGAAGGAACAGCCGGGUUGUGCGUUGUCCCAGGAAGGUGCCGCUACGAUUCCACUGACGCUGAUCAAGGAUGGUAUUGAGGAAGCCUCACGAGUACUACUCGCCUGUAAUCAUAUCCGCGCGAUCAAGCUGUUUAUUGAUAGUAUCAACGGCAAGUGUCCUUAUGUUGCACAUCGAUGUCCGUCCUAUCAACAUUUCCUCAGCGGCAACUGCUUCAAGUGCACGUCGGGUAAUUGCGCACUGAUGGGCUAUCAUGCCUCGCUGCCCAUCACAACUACCCGUCAGAAUGUGUCCGAGAACGAUGUCAUCAGUGGUUCCUCCAGCGUACCGGUAGCACCACAACCGGGAAAAUAUUUCCUUGCCACGGGACGUGAUUUCCCAUUCUGCCAGCGUCACUAUCGUUUUACGGUCGAGUUGGCCAAACCGAAAGUGGCGGAACCAUGGGUGCAGGGCCAUCUAACGGCCGGUAUCUUUUCCGAGCGUGGAGCACUACGGAACAUCGAUCUGACGCCGAAAGGGACCGCCCGGUUGGAACACGGUACGACCUAUCAGGUGGUGGUCACCAAUCCGCACGACCUCGGUGAUCGUAUACGCAAGGUUGAGCUGGCAUGGACACACGACAUGAACGUACUUGAGCCGACCACCUUAUGUCUGUUCUGGUGUAAUAGCCAUCUGUACGUCAAGUCGAUACAGGUUGAAACGAUGCAAAUGCCCUCACGAGAAAAAAGGAACAUUGAAUACCCGAAUAAACUGUGCGCGCCGAAGCGCGAAUACGCCGAUAUUGCCAGCCGCGGUUCCUAUUCGUUCUAUGACAACUGCAAACGGUAAAAAGGACGUCUUUGUCGCCGUUGUCGUCGUCAUCAUCUCACCGCAUCUCACUCAGCCCAGCUCAGCCAGAUUUCAACAAACUCAGCACCACGCCAUCGCGAGGACACAGGAAACAAAUCGCGUCAUAUGUGAUUUACAAAUGUUACUGUUCGCGUAGUUAGCCUCUAGCGUGCCUUCUAGCCUGUAGCAACCCACCUUGGACUCUUGUAGUUAAUUUCCUCUAGCACAACAACACAACACUUCGCUCGCCCUUUGUGCGUGAGCCCAGAACUCCUGUUCGGUGAACCUUUGCGUCACCGUGUGUCGUUCCCUUAAAUCAUUUCUGUGAAAUAUUCGACACUGCCCGUUCCAUAUUUGCUCGUAGUGCGUUAGUACCUUUGUAGUUGUGUGUCCCAUUUAGCUCGGUUUAGCGAUUAACCUAACCGCCGAACAGGUACCACGUGUACGUUUGACGAUUUUAACACCACCGCGGAACAAUGGUGGGUGCAGGGGGGGUAAAAGGGAGGGUAGGAGGAGUACAACACACUUUUGAAUUUGUUUUGAACAAAAAGUUGGAAGAAUUUUGCAUUGGUAGUUCUUAAGCCAAAGUGAUAUAAUAUUCCCGACGAGUAAGAGUGAAAUUUGACGCACAUCAUCGUCAUCAUCGUUGGCGCGCAUGUACGGGCCACCAUUUUCGCUCGUGGCCUACCCAGGUUCGUACACCAGCAUAUUCACUUUCUCUACCCUUCGGGAGCCAUAUAUGUGUAAUGCUUUUUUUUGUUGUUUGUUUGUUUUGAAUUUGUUCAAACACAAUACGCGUAGCAGAUUAGUGUAAGCGUACGCAUCGGACGCCGUCGUAGUAGGAGAAUGGUAGAUAGGUUAAGUAUUGGUGUGUUGACCCUCAUCCAUGGGGUCCACGCUUUCCAUGCGUUUACUUAAUUACAUUAAACAAACUGAAAACAUUAUUGUGAUACAUAUACGAAAAGAAUGACUGUAAAUUAUGAAAUAAAACGAUACAUUUAUUUCGUGUA